CCACGCCACACCACCACAUCACUUUUACUACUCUCCGAUCCAGCAAUCUCACAUAGCACAAGGCAAUGGAGGCUGCUCUUGUGGGCGUGGGCACGGGGGUGAUGAAGCCCCUCCUGUCCAAGCUCUUCAAGGCGCUCAAGGAAGAGCACAGCAAGCUCAAGGGCGUGCGCCGUGAGGUCGAAGGCACGAGAGAAGAGAUGAGCAAUAUGCAGGCUGCUCUGGAGGCGCUAGCUGACGCCGAGCAGCUCGACCAUGAGACUAGAGCUUGGAGGGACGAUGUCCGCGAGCUGUCCUUCGACAUGGAGGAUUGUCUUGACGACUUCAUGGCGCGUGCUGACACCGACAAAGAUGGGCCAAAGGGCCUCAAGGGGUUCUUUGGCAAGCUGACCAAGCUUAAACCUCGCCAUGUGAUCGCCGGCGAGAUCAAAAAGCUCAAGGCCCGGGCAAUCGAGACAAGCAAGAGGCAUCAGAGGUAUAAAAGUGACCGUCAGUCAUCUAACUCUACCACCUGUGAUAUUGAUCCCAGGUUGAAUGCGCUCUAUGUGGAUGUCGGUAAGCUUGUGGGCAUUGACGGUCCUAAGAAUCAUAUCAUUGAGGUGCUCAAAAAUGAAGAUUCAUCUUCUACGCAGCUUCACGUGCUGUCAAUUGUUGGUGCUGGUGGUCUUGGUAAGACUACUCUCUCUAAUGUAGUCUACCAAACCAUCAAGAAACCAUUCGAUUCUUCAGCUUUCGUGUCUGUUUCUCGGAAGCCUAACAUGAGAAAUGUUCUAAGAGAAAUCGCUAAAGGGUUGAAGAUUACUCACAACACUUCUGAUGAUGGCGUGCAUCCACUUAUUGAUACACUUCGAGAGCACCUCAAGAACAAAAAGUACCUUGUUGUGGUUGAUGAUAUAUGGAGCACAGAAGCAUGGAAAACAAUAAGAGAUGCUUUACCAAAUAAUGACUGUGGGAGCAGAAUUAUCACUACAACACGCAAUAGUACAGUUGCAUCACUUUGUUCUCCUCAAGGCGAUUAUGUCUAUAGAAUGGAACCCCUUAGUUCUGCUGACUCCCGAAGACUAUUUCUUGAAAGAGCAUUCCAUUCUGAGGAUUUAUUCCCUCCCACUCUAGAAGAAAUAUCUAAGAAGAUAUUGGAAAAGUGUCCAGGGCUUCCAUUGGCUAUUAUUACCUUGUCUAGUAUGCUGGCUGAUGAACCUGCAGAAGAAGUAUGGAAGAGGGUGCUUGAUGCUAUUGGUUCUUCGCUUGCAAAAGAGGCUGUGGUCAUGACGAAGAUAUUAUCUCUCAGUUAUUUUGAUCUUCCUCACCCUCUGAGAAGCUGCUUGCUGUAUCUGAGUGCAUUCCCAGAAGAUCAUAUUAUCGACAAACGGAGUCUGAUACAUAAAUGGAUCGCCGAAGGAUUCAUCCAUGAAGCACAAGGGAGGAGUGCAUAUGAAGUAGGUCGUGAUUGUUUGAAUGAAUUGAUCAACAAGAGCCUUAUCCAGCCAAUAGCAAAUCAUCAAUCUGACGAGUUGUCUGAUGAGGUGGCAGCAUGCCGGGUUCAUGACAUUGUUCUUGAUUUCAUAAUAUGCAAGGCCGAAGAAGAAAACUUUAUGACAUCAUUGGACGAUGGAAAGAAGGAGAAGAGACACAAGGUUCGCAGGCUCUCUGUGGUGAGCCGCGCUAAUGAAAUGGAUUCUGUGUCAGGGGAUCUCUCCCAUGUUCGAUCACUUGCUAUGUUUGGGUAUUCUGCGUUGCAAUUUCCAGCUAUUGGUGUGUUGGAUUUCCCAGUUCUUCGUGUGUUGGACAUUGGAGAAUGUGAGAUUGUAAAAGGUGAGCAAAUGGCAAAUAUUGAAAAGUUACUUCUUCUCAAGUACUUGCGUGUCGGAGCAGGAUUGAUAAGUACUACCGAGCUUCUAGGAGGAAUUGGAAAACUGAAGUAUUUAGAAACACUGGACAUGCGUGGUGUCGAAAUUGCAAAACUGCCAUCCAGUAUGACACGGCUUCAAAGGUUGGUCCGUCUAUAUGCUUACUUCAAGACUAGCUGUUUAUCGGAUGGAAUUAUAGGACAGCUAAAGAACUUAGAAGAGCUAGAGCACAUUAUGGUCCUUGACUCUGAACUUGACAAGUUUCUGCAGGAACUUUGUCAGCUAACCAAGCUAAGGAUGUUGAGUGUAACUGUGAUAGACCAAUCUGAUUCUGUGGAAAACAAGGCAGUUGUAAGGUUUAUUGGAACCUUAAUAUCUUCGUACAAUAUUCAUCAUCUCAGAAUCAGCCAGGAGCCUUGUAGUAAAAAUCAGUCAGAAGGUUCUCUUAAAUAUAACCUCCUGCCGAUGGAAUCAUGGUGCCCUGCAAAUCCUUCAGUGUUCCGGAAUAUCGACCUCCAUGCCCGUUACAUUGAAAAGAUUCCAAGUUGGAUGAUCUCGCUUGGAAAUCUCCGUGGGCUAGAUCUCAGUAUGUGCCGCAUGGGGCUAGAAGACAUGGCGAACCUUGGAAGAAUACCCGCUUUGACUUCUCUGAAACUGGGGACUUUCUACGGCAGAAAUGGAAGGAUCUUCAUCCGUGGGUUCAGGUAUUUGAAGUAUUUCAAUCUGAAGCUCUGGUCUUGUGGGACUUCAAUGGAGUUUGAAGAGGGAUCAAUGCCUAAGCUGGAGGUGCUCGAGCUUCACUUUGCGGCGCAUACGAUGGAGUGUGUGAGUUUCGGCAUCCAGCACCUCUCUGCCCUCACAAAGGUGGAUCUCUUUAUUGAUGGCACUGAUGACAUUAAAAUGAGAUUCAUGGACUUAUGGAAACUGCUCUCGGGAAGCUUCGCAGCCGUCCUACUCUCUCAUCAGACGGGGAUGGUGGUCAAAGUUCUCAAUCAGACUGUGUCCAUUUUGAAGAAUUGUUCAAAGGACUGUACCAACAGGAAGCCGCUAAUAUUGAUCAACACAUACCCGGAAGUGACUAUUUCCCCUUCUUAGGUCGGAUAGUGGAGGAAAAUAAUCAAGAUGCGAUGUCACGCUUGAGGUUGCUGGAAGAGGAUCAGAAGGUGCAUCAUUGAAGGAAUGAAGCGCCAGUUACAACACCACCCUUAUGUGUUGUCUGGCCGGGUGGGUUCAGAUAUAAAUUACACAGAAGGUGCUUGCUGCCUGUAGACAUCUGCCUCAUCUGCCUUUAUUUGUAUGUUGGUUUAUGUUGGGUGAUGCGGAGGACGCUAAAUUCCCCGUCGAACUUUGCUCCGUAAUAAUGCAUAAAAUUGCAUGUGGACAUAACCUGCAAACUCAUUCAGUAAUAAGUGUUUUUUUAACCGUAGUUCGCUACAUUUUAGCUAAAUAAAUGUUGACCCAAGGGCUGAGCCACGAUCCCUUCAUUCGUUAUGACCGGGAGAAGGAGACACAAGAAGGUACCUAAAAGGUGUUAGCGAUUCUAAC